AUGGCAAGAAGGAGCUAUAAAACAGUUUUGCUGGGCGACGCCUCAGUAGGAAAGUCUAGCUUUGCAGUGAGACUUACGAAGGGGGAGUUUUCGGACAACACAAAUUCGACAAUCGGUGCCGCCUUUUUUACGUACACGGUACAUUGUGACUCUAUGGCCGGCCAUAGUAAAAUACAGGACGGAGAUCAGACAAAGUUACUCGAAAACUCUCAACAAUCGCAGCCAGAUUCUGGAAGAAGACACAGGGGCCUAGAAGCAAAUUUCUAUCGUAGUGGCGUCGAUGCCUCCUCCUCCUACGCCCCCCCGGGCAAUCACGUGUAUGGCAGUAGUUAUGAGGAAAACAUAACUAUCAAGUUUGACAUUUGGGAUACGGCGGGGCAGGAAAGGUUUAAAAGCAUAGCGCCGAUAUAUUACAGAAGGGCAGCCUGCGCAAUUGUGAUUCUGGACAUCUCGUCACCGCCCACACUGCAGCACGCAGCAUUCUGGGUUAACCAAAUAAGGGUCGCCAACAGCAAUGAAACCAUAAUAGUCCUGGUGGCAAAUAAAAUUGAUCUCCUAGGGUCCACGCCGGAGACUGUGCAGACGCUGGCUAACGCCAAGGCGUACGCGAAGGAGCACUCGAUCUUCUUUGUGGAAACAAGCGCCAAAACGGGUCAGAACAUAACGUAUGUAUUUGAGUUGCUAUCCCAGGAGAUAUCCAAGGACCCCUACAGAUGGGAUAAAAAUACAGCAGUAAGCCAGAAGGCAAGUUCAAAGGCACUAAACAUAGACCCGAAUAGUUCAACGAAAGCAAGCAAAUCGUGUUGUAGGUACUUAUAA